CUCUCUCUCUCUCUCUCUCUCUCUCUCUCCCCUUACACCAAAAUACUCUUCAGAAUGAUUCCACAUUCAUCUGCUUCGAUUUCUUUCAUCAACCUCCUUCUCUUACUGUUCUUCAAAGGAAACUUUGGUACAACAAUAACCGUUAUAAACCGGUGUGACUACACGGUCUGGCCCGGAAUUCUCUCCAACGCCGGGAGUGAUGGCUUGGGAACCACCGGUUUCGAACUCUCCUCCGACGACUCCCGCUCUUUCCAAGCUCCGCCGAACUGGUCAGGCCGAUUUUGGGCACGAACCGGUUGCAAUUUCGACCCGGGUACCGGCCAAGGCGCUUGCUUAACCGGUGAUUGCGGCUCAAACAGGUUGGAGUGCAAUGGUGCCGGAGCAAGUCCUCCGGCGACACUCGCCGAGUUCACAAUCGGGUCAGGCGACCCGACCCGGCAGGACUUCUACGACGUCAGCCUCGUGGACGGAUACAACGUACCGAUGAUCGUGGAACCAUCGGCUGGUUCAGGCACGUGCCUAUCGACCGGUUGUGUAACCGAUCUAAACCGGAAAUGCCCGUCCGAGUUACGGGUCGGGUCAGGGGUCGCGUGCAAGAGCGCGUGCGAGGCGUUCGGGUCGCCGGAAUAUUGUUGCAGCGGCGAGUACGGAUCACCGGAGACAUGUAAGCCGACGAUGUAUUCGGAGAUUUUCAAGUCGGCUUGCCCGAGAUCGUACAGCUAUGCGUACGACGACGCGACGAGCACGUUCACCUGCUCGGGUGCGGAUUACACGAUCACGUUUUGCCCUUCCUCGCCUAGCCAAAAAUCAUCCAAUAAUUAUUAUAAUGGUGGAUCGGUAGCAGGACCAUUGUCCGGUGAUUCAUCGUCGCCAUUGUCAUCUUGGUUAUCGGAUAUGUUCUCCGGUGAUUCAGCAAAAACUCGAUGUUCAUCGUCUUUGAAUUUGUUUAUUGUAGUUUUAUUUUUUCUAUUUGGUUAAUUUUAUUUUUCUGAAAUUUUUUAUAUAUUAGAAUCCAAAUUUUCUAAUUGCGAGAUGUACAGAUUAUUCGGCAGAAAACAAUUUUCUACCUUCA